UACAGUUCGAAGUUGAUUCGGAACGAACGUGUUCGCGUGGCCGCUGCGCGCUGUAAAAGAGAAAGACUCUUGGUGUAAUACUUGGGGACUUGGAAAAAAUUAUUUGGUACUAUCGCGCAGUAAACACAAUAGCACAAAUAGCGCAUGCAGCACUUUUCAACGCCUUUAAACAACGUGUAUAUAUAUAUUUAACUAAAAAUAUAUAAAACUAUAGAUCAGGCAAAUAGAAAAAAAGUGAAGUUGGAAAAAGCCGAGAGCGCCGCACUGCCAACAGAAAUUGUGCAAAAUGAGUGGGGAUGUGGCUGCUGAAAAUAAUUUACACGUGCAAAAUGGCGGCAGCUGCGAAGUGCAAUCGAAUGGUGUAACCACCAAUGGACACCAUAACCAUCAUAGCAGCGGCGGCGGCAGCAGCAGCAGCAGUAAACAUAAAUCAUCCAGCAAGGAUAAACAUCGUGAUAAGGAGCGGGAGCGGGGCGAGCACAAGAGCUCCAGCUCCAGCUCGUCGAGGGAACAUAAAAGCAGCAGCAGCAGUAGCAGCAGUCGCGAUAAGGAUAAGCAUAAAAGCAGCAGCAGCUCAUCGAGUGGCAAGGAUAAGCAUCGGGAUAAGGAUCGCGAUGGCAGCAACUCGCAUCGCAGCUCAUCGUCGUCGUCGUCAAGUCAUCGCGAUAAGGACAAGGACAAAGAUGGCAAGCACAAGUCUUCAUCAUCAUCAUCGUCGAGCCAUCACCAUCACAAGAGCAGCAGCGGCAGCAGUAGCGGCUCCUCAUCCAAGGAUAAAGAUCGCAAAGAUCGUGACAAAGAUCGCAGCAGUAGCAGCAGUUCCUCCAGCCGUGACAAGCACAAGUCCUCCUCAUCAUCGUCGUCGUCGAGCUCACGCCAUAAGAGCUCAUCGUCAUCAUCAUCGAAAAGCAAACAUUCCAGUUCGAGUUCAAGUUCAAAGCACGGCUCAUCAUCAUCAUCAUCGAAGGAUCCCUCCUCCUAUGAUGGUGUAUUCCUUAAGCCGGAGCCAGUCUCACAGCCACAAACGAACGAGCAUGAUGAUCCCCUGCAGCUGCAGCUGCAACUCCAGCAUCAACAUCAACAGCAGCAGCAACAGCAGCUCCUACUCCAGCAGCAACAGUUUCAGCAGCAACAACUUCUUCUGCAGCAGCAACAGCAACAACAACAACAGUUGCAAACUGAUUGCAAUGGCUAUAAGAAUGGCUACGAUGAGCAUAUUGUGGAUGUUAAAAAGGAAGAGGAGAGCUUUAACUUGUCACAGGCCAGCUCCUGUGAUUACUCCUUGUCACAGUUCAGAUCCGAUGAGCCUUCGUUUGUGGCCAAACAUGAGCCAACAUACACAGAGGAGGAUAGCGCCUUAAACGAUGACGACGACGACGAUGAUGACAAUGAUAAUGAUAUUGAUAACGAUAAUGGCGAUGAUGAUGAGGAUGUGCCGUUGGCAAUUCGAAAGCGCAAACAAGAGCCAGUCGAUGUUAUGGAUGGCGGUGAGGAUGAUGAUGACAUUCCGUUGCUUGCGCGCAAAAAGAUCAAAAAAGAGUCCAAGGACAAGGAUAAGAAGAACAAAAAGAAGCGCAUCAAGGAGGAGGAGCUCGAUGACGAUUAUGGCAGCCUUAAACCGCCCAAAAAGAAGAAGGUCAAAAAGGAGAGUGAGAUCAAAGCUGAGACAACUUCGCCCACAAAGACUUCUCGAAAGGGCAAAAAGGAGGAGGAGGAGGAAGUGUGGAGAUGGUGGGAGGAGGAGAAGCGUGACGAUGGCGUCAAGUGGACAACGUUGGAGCAUAAAGGUCCCGUGUUUGCACCGCCGUAUGAGCGGGUUCCCCGCAACGUACGCUUCUUUUACGAUGGCAAACCCUUGGAGCUUACGGAGGGCACCGAGGAGGCGGCCACAUUUUAUGCCAAGAUGUUGAAUCACGAUUACUGCACCAAGGAUGUAUUCAAUAAUAAUUUCUUUAAGGAUUUCCGCAAGACAAUGACCGCCAAGGAGAAGGAUAUUAUUAAAGACUUUCGUAAAUGCAAUUUCCAAGAAAUGCACGAAUACUUCCAGGCCGAGUCCGAGAAACGCAAGGCGGCCACCAAAGAGGAGAAGCUGGCCAAAAAGAAUGAGAACGAGGCGUUAAUUAAGGAAUAUGGUUUCUGUAUGAUCGACGGACACAAGGAGAAGAUCGGUAAUUUCCGUUUGGAGCCGCCAGGUCUGUUUCGUGGUCGCGGCGAGCAUCCAAAAAUGGGCAUGAUUAAGUGUCGCAUAUCCGCCUCCGAUGUGUCCAUCAAUUGUGGCAAGCAAUCGAAGGUGCCACCACCACCGCCCGGACAACGCUGGAAGGAGGUGCGUCACGACAAUACCGUCACCUGGCUGGCAUCCUGGAUUGAGAACGUGCAGGGACAGGUCAAGUACAUUAUGCUGAAUCCCUCGUCAAAACUCAAGGGCGAAAAGGAUCACAUUAAAUACGAGACGGCCCGUCGCCUCGACAAGGUCAUUGACAAAAUACGCGCCACAUAUCGCGACGAAUGGAAGUCCAAGGAGAUGCGUGUCCGUCAACGUGCCGUUGCUCUCUAUUUCAUCGAUAAGCUCGCACUGAGAGCGGGCAACGAAAAGGAUGAGGAUCAGGCGGAUACCGUUGGCUGUUGCUCGCUGCGCGUCGAGCAUGUCCAGCUGCACAAGGAGCUCAAUGGCAAAGAGAAUGUGGUUGUAUUCGAUUUUCCCGGUAAGGAUUCCAUACGCUAUUACAACGAGGUCGAAGUGGAGAAGCGUGUCUUUAAGAAUCUAGAAUUGUUCAUGGAGAACAAGAAGGAGGGCGAUGACCUCUUCGAUCGCCUUAAUACCCAAGUGCUUAACGAGCAUCUCAAGGAGCUGAUGGAUGGACUCACGGCUAAAGUAUUUCGUACAUAUAACGCAUCGAAAACGUUGCAAAAUCAAUUGGAUCUGCUAACCGAUGACAGCGCAACCGUUGCCGAGAAACUGCUCGCCUAUAAUCGGGCCAAUCGUGCCGUCGCCAUUCUCUGUAACCAUCAACGUUCGGUGCCCAAGGGACAUCAGAAAUCAAUGGAGAACCUGAAGGAGAAAAUACGCGCCAAGCGCGAUGCCAUCGAUGACUGCGAGUCCGAAUAUCAUGAUCUUAAAAAGCAGGCUAAGCGUGGUUCGGUCAAGGAGAAGGUAAACGCCGAUAAGAAGGGCAAACAGCUGGAGCGUUUGAAGGAUCAGCUGAAGAAAUUGGAACUACAAGAGACUGACAGAGACGAGAAUAAGACCAUUGCCCUGGGCACAUCCAAACUGAAUUAUCUCGAUCCACGCAUAUCGGUAGCAUGGUGUAAAAAGUAUGGUGUCCCGAUUGAGAAGAUCUUUAAUAAAACCCAAAGAACCAAAUUUCUUUGGGCCAUACAUAUGGCCGAUGAAAAUUAUCGUUUUUAAAGAAACAAAAAGAAGAAGGAAGAAAAAAAAGGAAACUAACACAUAGUUACACACACUCAUACACACGCACGCACGCAGAGAAUGAAAGUUCACAGAGACCAACAAGACACACCCACCACAACAACCAAUUGAUAACGAUAAUCAGACAGCAGACAGCACAGAUUCAAUUGACGGUCAAUCGGUGGAUGGAACCUUUUUCUCAACAACACACAAAGAGAGAGAGAGAAAGAGAGAAAGUUGAUGAAAGUUAAUGUUGUUAUUGAGAAAAACUCUUCUGUUGACUGAACCAUGUUAAUCUUAAUGAUAUGAAAGCGCGCGCUCUUCGCUAAAGUUUAACUUGAAAGCAGGCAAGCGCCUUAACAACAGUACUCAAUACCCAACAACACACACCCACACUCUACACACACACACAUCUACACAAUGAAUAUAUACAGCACACACUGAACACACAGACACAACCUUUGUUUUACAUAUAGAACUUAUGUAUUUUAAAGAGAUCUGUGUGCGUGAGUGUGUGCAUGUGAGAAUGUGCCGCCGGAGAACAUAAUUAUGUUAUUAUACCAACGUCUUAUAAUAUCAAUAUACUUUUUGAUAGGUUAUUAUUAAACUAAUUAUUAAUUAUGAGUUUUUUUUUUCCUUUUUGUAAAAUUUACUGUAUGAAAUUUUAUGUUUAUACUUAUAGUUGAUCUUCGUUUAGCAAAAAGUUUAUACCUACAAUUUAUAAUAAAAUUUAUAAUACAUACAUAUAUUAAGUGCUAAGUGAAGAGAAACCUUGUAGCCGACUUUUAGCAUAGCAUAAUUUAUUCGAUUAGAGCAGCGAAGCAACGUAACUGGCAAACAAGCAAAAACAAAAACAAAACAGAAAACAACUUCAAAUGAAGAAGAACAGAAUGAAAACACACGUAACAACCGUGAGAUAAAAGAAUAAAAUGAUAAACAAAUAAAUAGGUUUUAUAUAUAUUUACUUUGUAUAUUGUGCACAACAUCAUGCAUACAUAUACACACACACUGUAUGUAUAACAAAAAUACAUAUAUAAUUAAUAAUUUUAAAAACGGUUUUGUAUUUUCUUUAAGUUAAGAAGGCCGCGUGUUUUCAUUGAAACGAAUUUUAUUUAAUUUCAAUUUUCUUAUGUAAACAAAAAACAAAAAAAAAACCCUGUAAUAUCGGACUAGCCAAAAUUUUGUUGAUUUCUCUUCCUUUUUUUUGUGUUUAAAUACUAUAGCAAUAAAGAAACACAGACAUACCCACACAUAGACAGGUUUCAAAUUCUGUUUGAUUCAAUAAAAACACAACCAAAAAAA